AUGGUCGCAGCGAUAUCGCCGGCCCUCGCGCCGCUUGACGGCCAGAAGCCCAAGGAUCCACAGCAGCAGACGCUUCAGCUGCUCGAACAAUACCGUCUCGAACUUGACGAGCUCAAGAGAGACUUCAGCGCACGACUCAGCCAUGUCGAGCAAACACUCGCGACGCUUGUCGAUCGCCAACAACUACCACAAGCCGAACAAUCUCUAGACGCCCAUCUGCAAGCGAUCCUAGAUGGCGAGCCUUCAGACGGCUCGCCAGACGGCUCGCCAGAUCCCCAGGCCGACCUCCGUCCCUGGCGCUCGCACCCACCGCUCCUGGUCCCGCAGAACACCCGCCUCGCAGAUAUAGCCCUACCCGAGGGCCUCGAAACCUCCGAAUCUUCGGAUAACGAAGCCGACGGUGCCGCCCUCUCCAAAGCCCCAACCAUCGUCCCCAUCCCCGGCAAGACCCACGCGGCGGAGCCGUCAUGGCGCGCGCCCGCGACCAUUGCUCCGCGACUGACUAUGGAGCCGGAGCCCGUAGCCGACGGUCAGGCACUCAUGGAGAAGAACGAGAUCAGGCCGGCACCGCAGCACACUCCGCCGCCAUCGCCGGAACUAAAGACGAAGCCCCCGAAGUUCCCCUCCUGGCGGGGCCGCAGGAACAGCACGCGCAUCGCGGAUGUCGAGAGACAGCUUUCUGUCCUUACGGAGCAGGUUGCUACUCUGGAACUGGAGAAGCAGAAAUUGAGACGGAGGAGCCCGCCUAAGGUGGCGCGGCAGGGCAAAGGGGUUGGAGUGGGUGAUGGAGUGGAGCCGUCGUCGUCGGGUGCGGAGACGGAGUUUGGGAGCAGCGAUGCUGAUGAGAUUCUCGAGCACGUGCGGUCCAGGCCACAACGGUGUCGAGGCGCGAGCUUAGGGUUGGCGAUGAGUUUGCCUGGGCAUUAA